AUGCAGCAAGAUAAAAUUCAAGAAUCACUUUUAAAUGCUGUUGAAUCAGCAAAAGAAGCUGCUAGUUCAGGUUUAGAAAAAAUUACUGAUUUUUUUCAUGGUGAUCCAUUUGAAACUUAUGUUGGAAAAAAAGUUGAAAUGGCAACAGAUGCCACUGUUUUAUCAACUGAAAAUUGGGGUUUAAAUAUUGAAAUUUGUGAUAUUAUUAAUACUACAUCUGAUGGUGCUAAAGAUGCUCUUCGUGCUAUAAGAAAACGUUUAAAUAAUGAAAUGUCUAAAAACAAUGCAAUUGUCAUGUAUACUUUGACAGUUCUUGAGACAUGUGUUAAAAAUUGUGGUAUUCAUUUUCGUACUCUGGUAUGUAGCAAAGAGUUUGUAAAUGAACUUAUCAAAUUAAUUGGACCAAAAUUUGAUGCACCACAAAUUAUUCAAGAAAGAAUACUUACUUUAAUUCAAAGUUGGGCUGUCGCUUUUAAAGAUAUUCCAGAACUUCAUGAUGUAGUUGACAUCUAUAAUGACUUAAAAAGUAAAGGAGUUCAAUUUACUGAUAUUGAUAUUAAUCAAAUUCCACCAAUCGAUACUCCGGUUGCGUCUGUUCCAAAAAUAUUUUCUCAAGAUAAACCAACACAACCAAUAAUACCAAUUAGUAAUCCAAAUAUACCACCAAUGUUUUUACAAUCUACAAUACAAAAUUAUGAGAGUGGUAUAGAAGUAAGUUCAGAUAGUUUAGCUAAAUUACGUUCUGAAUUGGAUGUUGUCAAAGGAAAUGUAAAUGUUUUCCAAGAUUUAUUAAGUCAAUUACCACCCCAAUCAGCUAACAAUGAUGAAAAAGAAUUCUUGAAUGAGUUAUAUGAAACAUUACAAGAAAUGCAUAAAAGAAUUGUUGCUUUAAUACAAGUAAUUCAAAAUGAAACUGUAUUUUCUGAACUUUUAUCAAUUAAUGAUGAAAUAACUGAAUCAUUUGAAAAAUUUGAAAGAUAUAAAAAUAUGAAACCUAAUGAGAAUUCAGAGAAUGUUAAAUUAUUACAAAGUAAUGAGUCAGAUAAAGAUGAAGGAUCAUCUUCUGGUAUUGAAAAAAAAGACAAUAAAUCAUUUGAAGAAAAAUCAUUAAUUUAA